AACUAGGUAGUUAUUAUAGACUAUAGAGUAUAGGUAGUUGACGUUUAAACAAAGUCAAGGUGUCGGUAAAAACGAUUAACCUUUAUUAGAAGAAAACAUCUGAUAAUACAAUAAGAGAUUAAGUUAUAUCCCACUUAUAACCCAUGAAUUAAAACUUGGUAUCAGUCACAACUGUAGACUGGUUAGAUAAAAACGUUGUAAACGAAUGAGAGGAAUGAACAAAUUUUAUUUAAAUCGCAUAAUAUGAAUAUUGUAAUGUUAAAGUAAACGUAACUAUAGUCAAUAAAUUAUAAUUCAUUGUUUUUAAAGGCUAUUUACACUUCUUAGUGUCUUAACAACAGUGUCUAAUGUCUAUACAGCAAAAAAAAUUGUGUUAAGUCUGAACUUAAUUAUUAUAACAUUAUUUUCUAAAAAAUGUAAUUAGUUUAAUUUUAUAACAAUAGUUUGAUGUAAAACUUUCUACGAAGAAUUUCGAAUAUUAUACACUUUUAUUACAUCAAUUUGAUUAUAGUUAAUAACAAUCCUAUGGUCUAUUGGUAUUUCAACAGUCGCAGUCGGAGCAACAAGUGCCGAUGGUGCGGUAGUCGACGGAAUAAUAUUAAAAUAUUAUUAUAAUCUACUGAAAACGACUGGCACGACGACAACAGGCAACCACUGCGCGAGCGUCGCCAACAUCGCUGAGACCACCACACACCCGGAAAUGGCGCUGAUCGUGCCGGAAGAAUCGCAACGACCGUACCGGUUUGGCAUGACACUGGUGUGCAUCGGCGCCCUAUUCAACUGGCUCGGGCUGGCCGACCACCACACGAAACCUGUGCCGGCUGUCCGGUACAUCGGAGUCGGCCUGGUCGCCUCGGGCGCAGUGCUCAUAUGCAUGGCCAUGUGCUUCUGGAUGAACAGCGUGCGUGACGACGAAGACGACGAGUCGAUAGACCACAUCCACGUGAUAUCACUGGACCCACCGAUGCGGUUGGACGAGAAGCCGCCGGACUACGCUUCGGUGGUGGACGUGCCGCCGCCCAGUUACGAUGACGCGAUCAAGUUGGACCCGCAGCGACUGAUGGACAGCAGUGGCCACCGGGCGGCGAGGGACACCUGUUCCAUAACCGUGGUGCCGCCAGACGAGUGCGACAAAACGUCGUCCGCCAACGAGGUCGCGGUGCCGGUCGUCGACACUACAAAUGCGUCGCAGCCGACGACCAAACUGGCGCAGGCCAUCCGAAAGAGCAUACGCGACAUACGCAAGCAACUGACGAACACAGUGAGCGACGGGGCGGUGGACGUGGAGCAACAGCAACAGAGCAGUUCCGCUGUCCAUAGCAGUGACGCCACCUCGGCCGCUCUCCGCAAGUCCGACGCUCAGACAGUAGCCACCAACGCGGCAACAACUGACUAGCGUGCAAUAAUGUUAUUAUCGAUGUAUUGAUAUUAAUAUAUAUUUUAUUGCAAUACAUCGUUAAUGAUGUUACAUUGUUACUGCUAUAAUGCUGUAUUGUUGCAUUUUUUUUCACAAGACUGAAAUCACAAAACUUUAUAUUAUAUUAUUAUAAUAAUGAUUAGGUACGAUUUAAUAUAUUAUAUGAUACAUUUAAACUUAUUAUAAUAUUAUUGUUAGAUAUAAGGUCUAUAUUAUUUUGUCAGUUGGUUUGCACGCGCUUUGUGUUUUUCGAUUGGUACCUACCUAUAUUGUUCUGUGCUACUGCAGUGCUGCUGUGUUACCCGAAAGCGUUGUGAUUUACCCAACAUUUAUUGUUAAAAUAUUAUUAUUAUUAUUGUCAUUGUUAUUAGAGUGAACCUACCUAUCAUUGUCGCCUAAUAAGUUGUUAUAUUGGGAAGUCGAGAGUAACGCCUACGAAAUCGUCGAUUCCUGUAAAAUUAUAUUAAAAUAUUGUUCCCGUCGACGAGUUCAGUAUACUUUUGUUAAUAAUUAAUAUAAUACACCUUACAUGAAUAAAUUAAAAAAUAUUUAACGUACACGUUAUACGAUGUGUUGAGAUGGUGCACGAACUACCAUCUGUUUAAUUUCACCUUAUUUCCAUUGUACAUAAUAUUUUAUAAUAAUAAUAUAAUGUUAUGCUUUGUGUA